UCUUCCUCAUGUCUGGGUGUUUGUGCUACGUCUGCAGAUCUCAGUAAGUCAGCAAAUCUUCAGUCCAAUAAGGAGGAAAUAUCAUCUGUUUGCUGCUCUUCUGAACCUGCAAGAUCUCCAGGGCGUUUGGAGCCAUGGGAGCCGAUUUGGUCUGUGCGGUUCUGUUGGCCGCUGCUUUGCUGCCGUCAGCCAUCGAAGGCGACGUGAACUGUAACGGCCGUCCAGGAGAACUUGGACCUCCUGGACGAGACGGGCUGGCUGGGAUGAAAGGCCAGAAGGGAGAGCCAGCUGUCCAGGUGGACGGCCCAGUGGACACAAGCAUGCUGCUGAGGCUGAGAGGGGACAAAGGAAGCUCGGGGCCACAAGGGCCGAUGGGUCCAAAGGGUUACCGCGGUGACGUGGGAGCAGCAGGAAUGGCCGGCCAGCCUGGUUCACCCGGUCCAGUGGGGACGCACCUCAACCCCGGUCAAAGUUCGUCCAAUCAGGAAACUCACUCAGCUUUCUCUGUGAGGAGAAAUGUCACCACAUAUCCACCUUUCAACCAGAAAAUAACUUAUCAGGAAGCCGUCGUCAACACUAACAACAAUUUUGCCAUAAACACCGGCAUCUUCACCUGCAGAACACCUGGUUUUUAUUACUUCACCUUCCACUCCAUCGCCAAGGUCAGCAUGUGCCUGGGUUUAGUCAAAGCAGGAGAAGUAGAGAAAAUAGUGUUUUGUGAUGAAAACACUAGGAACUCUGAACAGGUCCUGUCUGGUGGAGUCGUGUUGCAGCUGACGGCGGGACAGAAAGUCUGGCUGGAGUCCUACAGAGACCAGCAGCAAAACCCGCAGAUCCAGAAAGACUCCGACGCAAGAGACCUCAGAGAAAAACUGAUCAUCUUCAACGGCUUCCUGAUCUUCUCAAAUUCAUAAUAAAACUAGUCGAGUUCUGAUUUCAGAGUCUGAGGUUCAGCAGCUGCGUCACGUAAAAUGUUUUCAUAUUUACUCAUUUCAGAGCUGAUUGAUUUUUAUUCAACUCUGAACCUAAAGUUGAUCGUUUAAUGAAGUGGAUCCAAACGUUGGGGAAACAGUAGCAACUACUGCAAACAAAAUGUUGAGUAUUUUUUAUUCUAAUGUUUAUUUGCUGAAGAAAUAAACACCAUAUUGUAAUCAAAUAAA